AUGUCGCAAACUUAUCUGAUUUCGAAACUGAUGGACCCUUUGUUUGGGAUGGCGAUAGGUAUUUACGGGUAUUAUUUAUUUGAGAAAGAACACCCUCGACCUCAAGGCAAAGGAUUGCAGGAACUCUUGAUGAAACGUUGGAAUUCUCGCAAUAAUGGCGUAUCUUCUGAGUCUGUUCAACAUUGA